AUGGCUUCGAAUCCAGUCAGCAAGCUCUACACAUGUCGAUACUGGGCCCUUGGUCCGGCAUGUCCAAACAUCGAUGCCUUUGGAACCAAUAUCUGUCCCUUUGCUCAUUGGGACACGGGUCGGUUGGCCAGCCAUUUCCAGCAACGGGGAACCUGCGUGUCAUGGAAGCAUUUGGGGUAUUGCGGGCGAGGUUCCGGAUGCUGGUAUGAACAUCGGCUCACCGGUGUAACGGGCCUUUUUCAAGGGACAAUCGAACUCACUGGUUUCGAACUCCAAGUCGCCAAUGCCGCAAGCAAUUCAGGCUUCAACACCUUCAGCCACGAAGCAUUGUUCGAUCUGAUAUGGGCAGUCAAGAGACUGGCAUUGCAGGUAAACCCUGGCGCAGGUCAAAUCAAGGGAGUCUCCCUCCCACCAGAUCCAAUCUACCCUGACAGAUACAGGCCUAGCGGGAGGUGGGACAACCGCAAUACCAGGAACAAGAGGAAGGCAAUGGCGAAGAGACAACGUGAGAUCCAAUCGAUCCAGCCUAAAGCAAACUCACUUCCCCAGCACGCGAAGAAGUGGGAUGCGAAGAGAAAGAUGAGCGAGAACCUUAUCGAUUUCACAUCUUCGGAAAACGAGAAUAUGCUGGACAUCGGCGAUGGUCCCGCCAACGGCGCAAAGCGACAGAGGGUCUCUGGAGGUCAGAAUCAUCGGCCUACUAAACUCCCAACACGGCCCAAGGGUAACGCCCGACCGAGCGGAGCCUUCCCAGCUGUUCCAGAUCCAAAACCGGCUUUCAAGCCCUCCGCUCCAACUCAGCCGAGACAGAUGCAUGCGAAAGUUUCCAGGGACCCGCAGCCUAUUCGGGCUCCUACAUCAACCCGGCCCUCAAAUGCGAAAAAUGAGAUCAUUAAACAGAUGGGUUUUGUCAAGAUCAGUUUUGAUGACAUGAGAAAGAAAAUGAAUACAUGUCAAGAGACCAUGAGAACACUGUUUGACGUUCAUCAAGACCUGUUCGAUGACAACAACGUUAUGAAUGCCCUGCAGAAAAUGAGCAAUAGCAUGAACAAGGUCUUCGACGGAGCGAAAGAAGGAGCUGCAGAGGUUGAUUCGGUCAUUGCAUGGUUAUCUGGUAAGAGUGACAACAUUCUGUGA